AGAGGCUGCGCAUAAUUUGGGCUGUGAUGGAUGAUGUGAAUUCUCUCUGAAUUAAGGGCCGUGGAGGGUUUUAUAUCCACGAACAUCGCCCGAAUUAUAGGUCUGGUUACUUCCCAGAGCCGCUUAAGUAAACUGGAACAAAUUUUAACACAUAAAUAUGUGACAAUUUCCGACAAAUAUGAAACUACAGAGAGUUUACACUGAAUAUUAAAGCGAAUAUGUGAACAAGAAGCAAGCGGGUCAAGUUUUUCAUUUUCAGUUAUGUGGUGAAAUAUCCAUGCACAGCGAGCUUUACUUGAUCAAAGCUCAACAGCCGUGUGCAAGGACAUCUAAACAACCGUUUAGACGUUGAUAUCGAACAAGGAUAAGCAAACUAAAACAAGGGAGCGUGUAUUUUGUUCUUUUUUGGCUUUCGAUGGGAGCUAGCUUAGCCUAAGCUAAGCCGCGCAGUGGAGUGGCGCGAGCGCAACGCGUUGACCGAAGCGCCCUGGAAGCGACUAGUAACACCAUCGUGAAGGACAUGAAUCAGAUGUAUCGUUAAAAGGGUCGUUUUUUGUUUCUUGUGUACGUUUGGAUACGUUUUGAAGCCAUAAAGGAGCCAAGUCUUGCUUAGCCGCACCAGGGGAUGACUUCUGGAUACGCUGUGCGCAAUAAGUCGCACGCGCAUCUUCGUGCUUAGUAAACUUUUUCGUCUCGCAAGAUUUUUUGUUUUUUUUACCCAACACUGUGCGAUUUCUGCUGUUCAUGUGCUGUCUUGACCGCAGAGGUUCGCGUCUCCAGAGGACACCGGUCGCUCUAACGUGGAGGUAUGCCUGGAUCAGACCGCCUGCAUGCGACCAAAAGGAAGGCUGAAUCGCUGUACCAUCAGCAGCAGCAGGCGGCCGGUGGGGACGGUAAAACGGCUCCACCUUCGCACACCGGCUCCGGUAAGCAUCUCCUAAAGUCAACGAGCUCUGCUUCUUCCAAGCUCAAACGAAGCAAGUCCAAACAUGAGGCCGAAACCGCCGCCGUCGCCUCCACGUGCAGUUCCGCGGCGCCUCCAGCAGUGGGCGUCAUUAAGCCGCUGGUGGAGUACGACGACAUUAGCUCCGACUCGGACCCUUUCCUGGAUUCUCCCGCAGGUGCGAAACCGAUCGAAGGCAGAGACUCUGACCGAGUAGAUUCUGAUGACAGCAAAGCGGGGGUUAGUAAAGACAACAGGACUCAUAAACACAAGCGCUCCCGGAAGAAGUCCAAAGACCCCCAUCGGGUCCGGGAAUCAUUGGAAAGCGAAGAGAACCCCACAAAGAGCACAAAGGAAAAGGAUCGCGCGAGCAAGGAAAGUCGAAAGGUCAAGGAGAGCUCACUUGUCUCCGCAUCCAGGCGCUCGGAUGAGUCCGGUAGUAAGAGAUCCAGCGACUCUCUCUCAUCCGCUGUGGUCCAGUCGGCCGUAAAUCUGGGCAGCAGCGCAUCCUCAGCAUCUUCAUCCCGAAGCAAGGAAAGCGGGCGUUCGCUGAAGUCCCGCAAAGACAAGGAAAAGAGAGAGGGCUACGAGGACAAGAACCGUCGAAAGCCCUCCAAGAGCCGCAAGUCGAGCCCCAAGGGGAAAAGCCAGUCUCGGGGUAGCCCUAGGAGGAAGGCCGCUGCCCAGUCGGUGAGUCCCAGGAGAAGUGCAGGGGACAGUCCCGCCACCGGAGAGCCGGACAACAGUUAUUCCUCCAGGCGCAGGGCUGCGAGCCCGAGCCCGUACAGGGAGCCGUCCAGACGGAGCAGACAGAGAUCAGAGAGUCCGUAUGGACGGAGGAGGUCUUCGAGCUGCGAAAAGGAUGGAAGUCCGUAUGUAAGCAGGAAACACUCGCCGUGCAGUCCCUAUGGCAACCGACGCUCAUCCAGUACCAGUCCGGUAUCCAGGCGAUCAUUACGUUCCCGUAGUCGCUCUCCACACUACUCGGCCUCUCGCCGUUCGUCCUCUCGUUCUCGCACUAAGAAACACUCUUUAUAUUCCGGAAGUUCGAGAGGAAAAGGCGAAGAAAGUCGAUCCCCUUCUCAUCUGCCGAUCUCAUCCAGCCUCGGGGCCGAGCUUACGCGAAGAAAGAAGGAACGUCAGGCGGCCGCCGCCAAGAACUCUCCCUCUCUCCCUUCAAGCACGGCAAGCGCCACAAACGUGGCAGCGAAAAACACUGAGUUAACACUAGAGACUGCUCCACCCCCUGAGAAGCAAAGACCUCCAUCCCCACCUUCGAGCACCGUUACGCCGGAAGAACCGGCCGCGGCUCCUCCUCCACCUCUCCCUCUGUCCAGUCCUCCUCCAUUACCCCUCUCGACUCCUCCGCCUCUUCCUGCACACUCUCCACCCCCACUUCCUCUCUCGUCCCCUCCACCCCUUCCUCUAAACAGCCCACGGCCAGCCGCUCCACCUUCAGCACCUGCUGUGCCUGUUCCCUCCCGGUCGAAAAGCCCCAUGCAGAAAUCCACACAAAGUUCUGGACACCUGGUGAAGACCUCCACCCUCCCACUGCUCCCACUUCCACCCCUUCUUCUGGGAGACAGCAGGGACAGUCUGAAGAAGAGUCUUUCCCAGAGGUCGUCACGAAAGGAACGAGUGAAGGAGAAAGAAAAGGAAAAAGAAGUCAGGACACGCCUUCUCAGCGAUUUGCCCCUCCCACCUAUGCUUCAUGGCGGAGACCCCUCCCCUCCACAAUCACCUGUCCAGGAGCCUCCGAACCCCCAGCAACCGACCUACAAGAAGAGACCAAAGAUUUGCUGUCCGAGGUUCGGAGAGAGGAAGCAGACUCAGAGCGACUGGGGCAAACGCUGCGUGGAUAAGUUUGACAUCAUCGGCAUCAUUGGAGAAGGAACAUACGGCCAGGUGUACAAGGCCAAAGACAAAGACACAGGUGAGCUGGUGGCACUGAAGAAGGUACGAUUAGAUAAUGAGAAGGAAGGUUUCCCCAUCACUGCCAUCCGAGAGAUCAAGAUCCUGAGACAGCUCAACCACAGCAGCGUUGUUAACAUGAAAGAAAUCGUCACCGACAAACAGGACGCUCUCGACUUCAAAAAGGACAAAGGUGCGUUUUACCUGGUAUUUGAGUACAUGGACCAUGACCUCAUGGGUCUGUUGGAGUCUGGACUGGUGUCGUUCUCUCAUGAACACGUCCAGAGCUUCAUGCAUCAGCUCAUGGAGGGAUUAGAUUAUUGCCACAAGAAAAACUUUCUGCACAGAGACAUCAAGUGCUCCAAUAUUCUGCUAAACAACAGCGGUCAGAUCAAGCUGGCAGAUUUUGGGUUGGCUCGUCUCUAUAACUCGGAGGAAAGUCGGCCGUACACCAAUAAGGUGAUCACGCUGUGGUACCGGCCGCCCGAGCUGCUGCUGGGAGAGGAGAGAUACUCCCCCGCUAUAGAAGUGUGGAGCUGCGGGUGUAUUUUGGGAGAGCUCUUCACCAAGAAACCAAUUUUUCAAGCUAACCAAGAACUACUGCAGCUGGAGCUGAUCAGUCGUCUGUGUGGGAGUCCGUGUCCUGCCGCUUGGCCAGAUGUGAUCAAGCUGCCGUACUUCAACACCAUGAGACCCAAGAAACAGUACAGACGACGCUUACGAGAGGAAUUCGCUUUCCUGCCCGCCUCCGCUCUUGACCUGCUGGACCACAUGUUGACGCUGGAUCCAUCGAAGCGCUGCACAGCCGAACAGGCGCUCACGAGUCAGUUUCUGUGUGACGUGGAGCCCAGCAAAAUGCCGCCCCCAGAUUUGCCUCAUUGGCAAGACUGUCACGAGCUGUGGAGCAAAAAGCGACGGCGACAGAGGCAAAGCGGCGUGCCUGAGGAGUUACCUGUUGCCAAAGUGCCGCGCAAGGAGUCCGGAGGAUCUGCCGGAGGGGAGAACAGCCGCGCGCCCCCGCCUCCCCCCUCCGCCCAGCCUGCGCCUGCAAACAUCACAACUAGUGAGCUUGAAGGUUUGGGAGCCGCUGCGGAGCAGUUGAACCAGACCGAGCUGGCGGUCCUUCUGAACCUGCUCCAAAGUCAAACAGACCAUCUAAACCUCCCGCAGAUGGCCGAGGUCCUCCGCAGCUCCUCUGAAGCCUCCACUUCAGUGCUGGCCAAAACGCCGGCCGCCGCCCCCUCCAUGCCCGAGCUGGACCCCGCGGAACUGCUCAGCCAUCUCUCCACCUUACUCCAGUCCUCUAGCAAUCCUCAGCCUUCAGGACUCCCGCAGGAAGACCAGGCCGGCCUCCUCACGCUCCUGUUGGAGCAGCUGAUAAAGGCUCCGACACAGGGGGCGGACGAAAGCAACGGAGUUCAGUCGGACGAGGCCGUGGCACGAGGCAGCUCUGCUUCCGUCAAGGGCAGCAGUCGCGAGGAUGCUGCAUUAAAAAAGCCCGAGGCGACAGGCUCCAAGUCUGCAGUAGCACCCUCCACCCCCGAACACCCUCGUGACGCAACAGCCGCCCUGCUCCAUCUCCUCUCCCGUCAGACCUCCGAGGACCCUCACCCCAGUCAGGUACCCCCCUCUCCCCCGAGCACAACCCCACCCCCUGCAUCCUCUCACGCCCCCUCGCCCACCGCCGGCCCGGAAAACGCUGCUACAGAGAUUCAGUUCCCCCAGGACCAAGACCUGCGGUACUCUCUGGGUGGAUCCACCGGCCCGUCCUGAGCCGGGACUGAGAGUCGGCCACUCUGAACUGCAUCUGUUGCUUUUUUACUAGUUACGCUUGUGUCUGCCAUUUCUUUCUUCCGUUGAAGGAAAAAGUGAAUGUUCAAGGAAGGAUUCUUAAUUGCUGAAUGGAUGACGUGCAUCCCUCCCAGCAUUGUUUUGAGGUCGUCUGUCCGGUUAGUUGAAAAUGUUUGUGGAUCUGUAAAGGCUGCAUAAACUUUGAAUCCACAUUCUCUCGUGAAAUGGCUUUCCUCGUGCCCUUUCUUGUCCUGGUUCGGUUUCAAGUCCAGGUGUGUCCCAUCUAGUAGGAGAGAAAAGAAUGCUUGGUUUUAUUUUGGGUGGCAAAAGUGUACUUAUCCCCAGUUUUCGAAGCCUGUGUCGUAUUGUUUUCAGGACCAAGAGGUUUAGCAACGUUCAUUUAAAUUGAAGGCAUUUUCCCGAAUUCUUGCGAGACACAUUGGCCGGUCUGAAUUUUAGCAACAGAAUUGCUUACUUUGAUUUUGUCUACGACAAAUGUACAUGUUGUAAAGUGACAAUAAAUUAAAAACGUGGCUGAGUAAAUUGUGUCUGUCAGCGUUUUACUGAACUUAAUGGUACUUUUGCCUCAAUGUUUUAACAUCCUUAAGAUAUUUGAUUAUAAACGUAUAAAUCAAUCCGAAUUGGUGUAUAGGGAUCAGGGUUGGAUCAGGUCACGUGGGCUUGUCUUUUUUUCUCAAGCAAAUCCGAGCGAGAAAAUUCUAGUGCUAAACCAUUUGCCAGAAAUUCAGGAAAAAUGUGUGUAAAAUUCCGGAUACGAAUAUUAUGCAUGUUCUAGAAAGCUUUUAAAUGGGUUUCUGACAGGAAAAUCAGAAAACGUGGUUGAUAUAGCAAAUAUAGACCUUGUUUACAUCAUUUGUCAUAAUUGCAGCUGUCUGAAAAGCUACUGUGAUGUGCACAAAAGACACUGACAGAUGACCUUUGACCUCACCGAUGAGCCUAACGGGUCGAACAUAGUUUAGUUGCUGUUUUCCGAGAUCUGAAUCCUAAACUUUCAACGGCAAAUAACACUGAGAACUAGACCAGCAGAAUCUCUAGAUUUGCGAUUAGUGUCGCGCCUUCGACAACCAAACGUUUGUUUUGGUUAAUCUUUGAUGUUGAUGUAUGUUCUUAGUUUCUUGAUUCACUAAAUGUUUGUUUUAUUGUAGGCAUUACAUUCAUGUAAAAUUUCGAAUAUAUAAAUAUUUGUGAAAUAUGGUAUACCAAUGUAUUCUCUUGUCUUUGCUCCCAAGAUUUUAUCCACCAAGUGGCGCUAGUGAGCCUAUUACAGUCUCUAAAGACAUUUACUGUCGUUUUGUAGCAGUUUGUGUAACUCAUGGCCGUGCGUUACAAAGGCUUGUUUUGUUAUUUCCCCAAGCAUGCUUGCAGAUACAGUCGAGUCGCAUCUAUGCCUCUAUAUUUGCCUGUUAAUUGUAAUAUUUGCAAAGCAGAUGUCUCCUCAAAGUAUUUGACAUGUAAGCCAUACCUAAAGAUGUACGAAUGCCAUUACAAAGACGAAAUCUAAGGCGGUGGUACCGUACGUAUUUAAACCAAAUAUAGCACAAGCAAAACAUUUGACAAAAACAAACUAAGAUUAACUAAUAUUUUAGCGGUUCAAAUGAAGACCAAGUGUGUUUGGACAUUUUCUGGUUGUCCAUUGUUAAUGUGGUUAAUGUGUGUUUGCACACCUGUGAACUUCAUACGUCCACAUACAUUCUUAACACCAGGUGGUUUAAAAUGAAUCCAAGAGUAACUUGGAAAAUGACACGAGUUAUGAGAAAAUCGUUUUCUCGCUUGCUUUGAUAUGAAGAGUUUCUUUGCAAAAGCAGAUAACUGUUUUUAAAAAUGUUUUUGAUUCUGUUAUCAUGUUUCUGUGUUUUAUUGUGUUGUUCAGCUGUAAUUGUUUUAGUUAUUACUACUUGAUCAAAACAACCCAACUGCAGUUC